UUCAGAUUCAGUCAGUGACAAAAAAAAAGUAAAAGUGCUAUUUCGUUUGUUGAUUUGUCCCCAAAAGCUGUAAAUUAUUUUUAUAAAAUUCUAGUUACUAUAUUCACUACAUUGCAAAGAAUUUAUUACAUAAAUUGUAUGCACUAAAACUGACAAGUGGUAAAAAUCGUGCUUGUAAGACCAAACUCACUAAACACAAGUUCACAAUAUUUAGGAAUGGGUUUGAAUUAAAUUUGAUUGAAGAUGGAAUCUGUUCGAAGAUCAUGGAAAUUACAGGAAUUUGUCGCCCACAAGGCAAACGUCAAUUGCCUGGCGAUGGGACAUAAGUCUAACCAAGUUUUAGCAACUGGAGGCGAUGACAAAAAGGUUAACUUAUGGGCUAUUGGCCGACAGAGCUGCUUAAUGAGCUUAAGUGGACAUACGACUCCUGUAGAGUGUGUCUGCUUUGGACAUUCUGAGGAUCUUGUUUGUGCUGGUUCACAAACUGGUGCCUUGAAAAUUUGGGACUUGGAAGCAGCAAAACUUUUGAGAACAUUUACUGGACAUAAAGGUGCCAUCAAAUGUAUGGACUUCCAUCCAUAUGGAGACUACCUAACUACAGGCUCCUGUGACAGUAAUAUAAAACUCUGGGACACAAGAAAAAGAGGUUGCAUUGUGACUUACUCUAGCCAUCGCUUGGCUGUUAAUAGUUUACAAUUUAGCCCUGAUGGACAAUGGAUUGCUUCAGCCUGUGAGGAUGGAUUAGUGAAAGUGUGGGACGUGCGUGUAGGGAAAGUUUUGCAGGAGUUUAUGGAGCAUACAGCUUCUGUCACAUGCAUUAAAUUUCACCCACAUGAGUUCCUGUUAGCGAGCUGUGGCACAGAUAGAACUGUCAACUUUUGGGACAUGGAGAAGUUUCAACUAGUUUCUAAAUUUGAAAAAGAGAAUACUUCCAUAAGGCAUAUGGUGUUCAGUGAUGAUGGAACUACAUUGUUGGGUUGUGGUAACGAUGGACUGCAUGUCAUUGGCUGGGAGCCUGCUAGAGUGCUGGACACUGUGCACGGACACUGGGGACAAAUCCAUGACAUAACUGUUGCUCAAACACAACUUAUUGCUGGUUCAUUCCAUUCAACCUAUGUAGUGUUAUCUGUUGUUGAUCUCAAUAAAGUACAUCCAUUUGGUGGUCCACCUCCUAUGGUGCCUACUGUAGUUAGAGACCUUUCACCAUUUCAAAAGGGACAUUCUGUAAGAAAGAGUUUUUCAAAGGAAAAACCGCCUAAAGAAGUGAUGCAUAGACCAACACUGUUAGACGAAAAAACUGCUGAGGAAUCUACAUCAGGGACAGAAGCCGAUGAGGAUUCAGGUGCAGUUAUACCUAAUAUUAAUGACUACACUGAAAUUUUCCGACCUUCUAGAUCAUUGACGCGUACGCCUCCGCCGGCUACCAGCUUAUCAUCCGAAGACUAUUCUUUACCAACGCAAGAGUCGAGCGUAAAGCUGGAGUCGAGCGUAAGCAACUGCCUCCGCGGACUGGUCCUCGAGGAGAGCGCGGGCCGGCCCGCGCCGCAGCCCUCACCGCCGCAGCGGCAGCGCACCGACUACUCGCGCAUACCCACCUCUACCAAGGAACACUACGCUUUAGAUAAGAAGGCGGAGCUGUUCUCAAGGGUGAUGGACAAUACUAAAGAGGAUAACACGUUUGCGACGGCGCAAACUUCCGUCAUAAGAGAUUACGCUGCCAGCCCGCUCUCUGCGAGCACCCUUAACCGACAUAAUUCCUAUAAAGAGACCAAAUCCACUACAGAAAUAUCCAAUAGCAAUCUCCGUCAAAGCAACAGUGAAAUAUGUUUAGGACCACCAUCCCUGGGUCCAAGAUCGUUGUCUUUUACCAGAACAAAUGAAACAACUAGGCGAAGAGUGGAGAAUGUCGUCCGUGAAAGUAUUCCAGUGUCCCGCAAUGUGGACGCCGUAGAAAGGGAACCAGAGCCUGAGUUCGUACCGUUCGCUACGGACCGCCCAGUCGGAUUGGACCUUGACGAGUUUCUGCCGCGCGGCGCGGGCGCGGGUGGCGCGCGGCGUGGCGCACGAGGCGCGGGCGCGGAGCCCAGCGAGCAGGAGGUGCUGGGCGUCAUGAUGCGCGGACACGACUCCAUGAUGGCCGUGCUCACCGCCCGCCAGCGCGCCUUGCAGAUAUUCCAUUCGGUUCGAAUCAACAAAAAUUUACGGUCAGCUUUAGAAUCAAUUAUCGCCUUAGAAGAUACAUCAGUAAUAUUGGAUAUACUCAACAUAAUGGCGCACAAACCGUCGUUAUGGAAUUUAGAUAUCUGUUUACUGAUGCUCCCGAAGAUAUAUGAAUUAUUACAGAGCAAAUACGAAUCAUACAUGCAGUGCGGCUGCAACGCCCUGAGACUGAUCGUGCGCAACUUCUCGUCGGUGGUGCGCGCGAACGUCAGCGCGCCCGUGCGCACGCUCGGCGUCGACAUCCCGCGCGAGGAGCGCUACGCCAAGUGCGCGCAGAUCCACCGGCUGCUACUGGACGUGCGCGCCUUCCUCCUCAAGCGGCAGACGCUGCAGGGCCGGCUCGGCGCCGCCUUCCGCGACCUGCACACGCUCAUGCAGCAGGGGCUCGACUGACCGCCGCCGCGCCGCCCCGCGUGCCCACACUGCACCAGCGCGGCUACUCCGUAACACUGGCCGCAUUUACAUCUCUCAUGAACUUUUAAACGAGCUACAGGACCGCCGGGGUUAUUACGAAACAGUUGCCAACUGCGAAAAAUGUAUCGAAACUAGCGCCACCUGCAAUGAGGGCUAUCGUUUUUAUACUUAACAGUUGGCACCCCUGGCGAUUGACAGGACCUUACUCUACAGAGGCGCCAUCUUGAUGAGUGCAAAGCAAAUGCGAUAGUCCUCCUACGACUUUAGCGCUCACAAGUUGGCGCCACUGUCUUCGCUACUAGCAAGUGACAGGACCUUACUCUACAGUGGCGCUAACUGGUGAGCGCUAAAACGAUAGCCCUCAUUGAACGCGGCGCUGUCAUUGGUUGGCGUACCAGUUGCAUUGCUUUAUUGCUACUGAUCGCUAAGAUCUGUAAUAAGCCUGCGGGAAUGGGAGUAUAGCGUUGCGGAGUAAACUCGCAGAAGUGACUUUCUUAUGGCAUUUAUAACAAUCAGUAGGGACUGCAAAAAGUUUUAGUAUCUAGCUGUUGCUUGCAUGAGAUUAUAAAAUUCCCUAAAUAAGUAAAAAUUCCAUAUUCCUUGUAACUAAUAACAUGAUAUCUCACUCUAUUAAGGAUUAAAUUUAUGUAGUUGACUAGCUAUCACUUAAUUUGGGUGCAAUUCUGAGUUGGCAAUAAUAGUAUUAAACAAACAUAAAUCUUUAGAAACAUUAUUAGAUCCUAAAUUGAAUAACAUUUUUUAAUUUCAUUUUAGUUUACCAAUUACAUACACGUCAUGAUAAUUAAUUGUGUUAACCCUUAUUCAAAUGCGAGCUGGUAUGCAUUUUUUUUUACAAAGUUGAAGUGGAUUUUGGGUAAUUGUGGGUCACUUAUUUCAUAUUUUUGAUCAAAAUUAAUAAAAAAAUAGGGGAAGGGGUAGUUUUUUGGGUGGUAAAUAAUUUACCAUUAUCCGUUCAUGCCUACCAAUUAUUAAAUGUUGGUGGUAAAAUAGUUGUCCGUCUUCGUUUGUUUUUGGUUCUUGACUAGUGACUUCCUCUUGGUUCUACCUAUAUUUUAUUAAAUAUUUUGGGAAUGAAAAAAUUUUAUUGUUUUUAUAAAAAAUAUAUUUAUUAAUAUUAGUUAUUAUGCUUACAAUGAUUAUUCUUACCUUGAGUCUGAAACUAACAAUUCACUAAUUACGUAACGUCGAAACGUUAAUAUAAAAAAAACUUAAAAUUUCUCCUAAUAUUUAUUUAGUUUUAUUUGUGCACAUACAAAAAACAACCGUGUUUUUUAUAAAUCAUCAAACUUUUGUCAUGACGGGAUCGGACAGUGGUAAACUAUUUACCACUUCUUUAAAAUGUCUAAAUUAUAUGAAUAAAUCAAUUUCAGACGCUGCCUCUAAGUGAGAUUAUACAAUAAAUGUUAUAGUUUAGGAAUUUGAAUCGAAAAAACACAUUAGAAUUUUCGUUGAACAAA